AUGGGCGACAAGAGUGCAGUCGCUGUCGUCCCCGUUGCACAGUACGAUCGCACUUAUCAAUAUUUGACGAAGAGCGCGGGAGCAUUUGGCGCCCCGCAGUGGCAUCCCAACCCAGGGAAGGACGGACGAGAAGUUGUCUUGUAUGUGGAGCACGACUCUGUGGCCAAGGAGGGCAAGCAAGUGUAUAUGGGCGUAGAGAUUGUUGACGAUGCCGAGGGGGACGUUACAAUCGUGAAGAUUGAGGAGGAGGAGGAGGGCAAGGACGGGACAGGCGUGAGUAUUGAAUCCCUGCUUAGUACUGGGGGUACCUUGUUGCAUGACGUACUGAGGAAGGGCGCGGAGAGCCUUGGCUUGGCGCCGCCCACGAAUGAUAACAAGGGCGACAAGGCGGAGAUGAAGGAGGGGACGGCUGACGAGGAGGGAGAUUCUGACAAGGAUGAGGCACUCACGGAGCGCUUUCGAAGAUUGCUGCCAAAGAAGCCCUCGUCGAAACAAAAAGAAGACGAAGAUGAGAAGGAUGAAGAAGAGUGGACCAUUGGCGUGCUGCAGGACCAGAUAAUCAGCCGGUUGGUCAUGGUUGAUGUCGACAACCCAAAGAAGAAACGGACUCUUGCGAGGUUUUCAGGCGUCAUGGCGUUCAAGUUGUCUCCCGACGGUACGGCGCUGGCGACCUUGGUCACGAACCCUGCUACGGGUCUGGAUGAGCUUACGCUUUGCACAGGAGAUUUUUGUCCAGACUCAGUUGAGAACGACGUCAAUGCGUUUGGCUUUCGGCCCCCUCGCCAAACAGAUAAUGAUGCUGACAUCAUUUUGAGCACUCCGAAAACCCGCGUUUUGGCAUUCUUUUGGAGCCCAGACGGUAGGAAGCUUCUCUUCCUGACGUCGCUGCGAAGCAGCCGGGUCGGGGCCGCGCAAUGGGCUACCUUUGACAGAGACACCAACAGAGUCGUCCGGUACGAAAAGUUUGUCAUUUCUGGGAUUUACAUGCACUGCCUUAACUUUUUUGACCAGUUUGGGGCCUCCAUGACUCCGUGGUCGCCAGAUUCGGAUGCCUUUUGUUACCCUGGUCGAGCUCUGACCGAAUCAGAAUUGGAACGCGAGAAGAGCCCGUCAGGCCGCAGUUCGCCAGCGCUUUCUGCAUUGUUUACGCAACGCGACAGCCCAUCGGACGGAAAAAGAUUCAGCGCUCGUGUACAAAACUUGCCCCUGACGGCAGAUGGCAAAGCGGGACCGGAUGAACCGAUCACUAUUGUGGAAAAUGUUGAAUACGCAUGCUGGAGCCCAUGCUAG